AGGUGUAUCUUCAGGAUAAAUAUGGCAGUCACCAGAGAUGCAAAUAGGAUAGCUAUUACUUCACCAAUUUUAUGAGUGACUUGAAGCGGGGAAGGAAUGAUAUAGCUCUACGAAAUUACAGACUCAGAUAAUUCGCCGAGACAUCUAGCGCAAUGGCUACAGACUACGAGACUUUCGCUUACAAGGGAAAGACUAAGAAAAAGAAGAAGAAAAUAGAUGAAAAGCCGGAAGAAGAAGAAGAGGAAGAGGAAGAUGAUGAGUUGGCAGCAGAGCGAAGGAGGAGGGAGGAAUCGUUAAGGAGAGUAGACCAGAUGAACGAACUCAAGAAGCAGAAGAAGCUGGAAAAGAAAAGACAGAAGGAAGAAGCCGCAAGGCGAAAGGAAGAGGAGGCGAGGCAGAGGGAGAAAUAUUUAAGAGAGAGGGAAGCUGCGGAAAAGGCGAUUGAAAGACAGAAACGGGAGGCUGAAUCGAAAAGGAUUGAGGAAGAAAAAUUAGCAUCUCAACCCGAAAGACAGCCAGACUCAAGCGGACGAGGAACGGGAAGGGGUGGUGUUCGAGGAAGAGGGCGUGGUAGGGGUAGGGGGAGAGGAAGAGGUCGACCUCCUCCAUCAUCGAAGAAAUCGUCAGCUCCAGCAGGAAGAGGCAGUCGAAAGGUUGGUGUCGUUGCUAAGCAACCGAAGAUGGAGGCUAUACAAGAGGAACUGGAGAGCGCUAGGAAUUCCCGCCAAGCUUGGAGCAGGGAAUCGAACACCAAACCAAUAGCCAAAGGUCAGAUAACCGAGGAGAACAAAAAUGAGAUUACUAAAGAUGAAGGAGUCAAGCCGGAAAAGAUAUCUGAAGAAAAGGAUGGAAAUAAAGAUAAAGAACGCAAGUCAAUCACACCAGACAGGAAAACACCCCCUACGCAGAAGAGCACAAAGUUUACCAAAGUUGGUGGUUUUAUGUCGAAAAUGUUCAAAGGAAAAAAUAAAACCACAGAGGAUCCCAAAUUAGAUCUGCAAGAAAGCCCUGCAAGUGACGCCAUCAAGAAUCAAAGCGAAGAAGAGAAAAACGAAAUUCCCGAAGAACCACCAUCAAAGGGUUCGGUUGAGGAGGUGAACAGUGGAGUAGAGGACGAACCAAAUGAGGACAAGGCUGAUGGAGAAGAGAACGUUGAUAAAACUGAUGGUUCGAAAGCAGAUGUUACAGAUGGAACUAAAGAAAGUGAUGUCCCAAAAGAUAAAGGCCUAAGCCCUGACAAUGAAAAGACUCAAACGAAAGACGACGAACGUGAAGUGCCGGUUGAUCAAGAAAAGGAUAUCGACGAAGAGGCACGUCAAAAGAAAGAGGACGAAGCCGAAGUGUUAGAAGAUGAGGGCAAAAGUCCAAACGAAGGAAGUCCCCACAAGGAUGAAGAUGGGAAGCCACCGAAGGAUGAAAACACCGAGUCACAUGAUACCGUCGAAGAUCCAGUAGUACAGACAUCCAAGACAAUGGAGAUUGGCAUUCAAACUGAGAAUGAGACGGAAAUUAGGGAGACAACGGAAGAGUCUGAGAGAGGACCACCUAAUGAUGAAAACAAAGAUGAGAUCGAAACUAAGGAAACUGAAUCAGAAGAACCAUCAAAACUGUAUGCGACCCAUUCCAGAUUAUCGAAGCCAAGCCCGUAUGACGACCAAGUAGAUGAGAAUCGGGUUGGUUUGAGAUAUGAAGAAGCUUACGAUUCCUCAAGUGAAGUCGAAAGACCAUCUAAUCCUGAACCAGGGGGUAAGAAAGUACCCAAACUCGAUCCGAGACCGGUGAAUCCUUCACCGCCUGCGAAGGAUCCUGAACUACCCGACAUCGGAAUCGAUGACGAGUUCCAUGUUGCAAAGAGUAAACGCCGCGCAGGUCCGGACUAUCUAGAACUACAACUCCUUGCAAACAGAGACAUAAUCCUGGAGGCAAGAAGGUUAAGGAAACUGAGAAAAUCGGGUACGACUGCUUUGUUGGAAAUGGUUUAUGAAGGUACGAAGGCAGAUCCGGUGGAUUUGUUCAAGCAGCCGAAACGCCAUGACGAUUUCGAAAGGCUCCUGAAGUAUUUGAAAAAAGAAGAUGGUGAUCACGGCGAUCCUUCAAAGGACGGGCAGUCAUCGGAAGUUGGUGAUAUAGGAUCAGGUGAUGGUGCUUUAACGCCUGCUCCAGAGGAGAGAACAAAGUCAGAAGGAGAUGCGUCACCAGGAGGAGAACAACACCUAUCUAGAGCUUCAAAACUAUCUGCGGCUCAUUCCAGAUUGGCUCAAGCAAGCUCAGGUGACAACAAAGGAAGUGAAAGUCCAGGAGAGGGCGCUGUACUUCACGUCACAACGCCUGUAGGAGAGACUGAACAACUCAAUGAUGCAAGCCAGGAAGAAUCAUUGAAUGAACCUAGCGACGACAUGACUGGAAGGGGAGGGACUGCAUCGGCAGAAAAUGAUAAUCCUGAAACUCAACACCCCGAACAUUCCCAGGCAACCCCAAGCGUCAAUCUUCAAGAAUCAUCUACUGGAGAAGCUGCGAUCAAAAACAACUCAGAACAUGUCCCGAUGGUAAAAGAGGAGGGCUCUGAAAGUCCAUCCAAACCACCUGGACUGGCCGCUUAUCCUGUCAAUGGCUCAACGUCAAGGACAGACCUCAGAGACUCAUCGUUAUCUGAUGUGGCAAAGACCACUUCUCGAAAUGGCAGCAUAUCUCGCGGCCGGGGACCAUCGCGAAACGGGUCAUCUCGACUGACACCUCCAUCUCGUUCCAGCGGCCAAGAGCGGGCAUCACCGGUUAAUACACCAACAAAUGCGGGUCAUAUUAGGCCUGAGACGGGGCAAGAGACGAGGGAAGGUGGGAUUGCAAGUCGGACAUCUGGUCGGUUGUCCAUCAAAUCGAACAGAGGAUCCCCUACGGGUCGGGUCUCCGUCACUUCUCAUAAAAGAGCAUCACCAAACAGAUUGGUUCCUACUCCGAACAAUGGAGGGCGCUCGUCUGUUGCCUCCCAAAAGAGAAAUAAGUCGGGAAGGCUCUCGGUUGCAUCUCGAAGGAGUAACAAAUCAGGAAGGGUUUCCGUAGCAUCGAAUAAGAGGAAACCUAACUCUAAAAACAACUCUCCGCUCCCCGGACAAACUGUCGCCGACGACGAACAUCAGUCGGAAUCAAAUACGGAAGCUGGUGUACGAGACACAAUUAACCAUCACAGUAUACAGGAUAAUGAUCUUGAAGGCGCAGAUGAAGCGCCGGUUAGUGACAAUGGACAAGUUAUUGCUGAUAAACAAUCAACGACUAGUAAUAAUUCCCAACCGGGGAGUACAUCUCAAAAUGAAACUUUGGCUGAUGAAAAUUCAAAGAGUAAAGAGGAUUCAAAAGCAAAAACCAAAAAGAAGUCCAAACACUGGUUGUUUUGA